AUACAUCAUUUUCAUGCCACUAAAAAGUACCAACCAAAUGCAAAAAUGUUGGCUCGGAGUAAACCUAGUGCUAGUGGCAUAACAAAUGGACAAACUUCUUACAACAUUCUUCAUUGCUAAUGUAGGAACUUUAAAAAAAAUAAUAAAGAAAGAAAAGAGCUCCUAUACUAAAAACCCGUUGAUAGAUCCUCCUAAACUAGUAGAAUCCAGAUUUACAUACACAUUUAAAUUUAUACAAAAAUAACAAAUAUAUACACACAUUUAUAUCUUUGUUCUCUUGUUUGUUUAUCAAAACAUUCCCGUACACACAGCGGCAUUUUUUUGAAAUUUAACUUUUAGCCUAAAGUUCUAAAAAUGCCUUUUAAUUUGGCCCUCUAAAUUUUUAUAUAUAUGUUCUCUUGUUUGUUCUCUUGAAGAUUGGGUGGUUGGGUUUAUGUGUUUGUGGAAAUAGUUAACUUCUAAUCAAGUUCUCUUGAAGAUUGCAAGUCUUUGCUAAACAAGAUUUUCAUCAUGCAGAAAAUGGGUUUUUGGACUCUACUUGAAGGCUUUCUUCUCCUAGCAAAUGCUCUCGCAAUACUAAAUGAGGAGUGGUUUCUGGGUCCAAGAGGAUGGAGCUUCUCAGAUUUCUCUGGAGGCAAAACAAAGUCAUUUAACGGGCAACUCAUAGGUCUUAUUUAUGCAACACAAUACUUGAGAGUUCCUCUGAUACUCCUCAACAGUAUUUGUAUCAUUUUGAAAAUGGUGUCUGGAUGAUGUUGCAGCACCAAGUAGUGUUAGAUUGAGCUUGUGUUAGUCUUAGGUGAUCUUGUCACAAAAAUAAAUGCCUAUUAUGCUAUCUGGCCUUACAGGUGAUGUCCAAAAAUAAAAAAAAUUCUUGGAAAAUAUUAUCAACUUCUCCUUGGAAAAUGUUUUUAAAAGCCCAAUCACUUCAAUAUCAGAAUCUCCUUGUUAAGAAUAAUAUUGUAAUAUUGAACAUCUAUACUGUUAGAUUUCCAAUCAAUCAUUUCUUCAUAGAAACAAAAAAUGCUAAUUACGUAGAGGUGAUAAGUGAGGAGUUUGAGGAAAUAAAAAUUUUACAUAUUAGAAGGUUCGAAAAAUAGAGGUGAUAAAUGAGGAGUUUGAAGAAAUAUGCACAAACACCAUUUCUUCACAAACUUAUUUUAGACAAAUAUACAAAUAUCAAAAUCAAAGAGUUAAGAUCAAG